CGCCGCCGCGCGCCCUGCGGACUCGGGCGUAGGGGUUGGCGCCGGUUCAGGUCUUGCGGUCGCGGGCUUACGCUGAGUACGCCCAGCCCGCCCUCUCCGCGGCGCCUCGGCCCCGGUGCGCCGCCGCGGCCCAUGGGGAGAGUCGGCCGGGGGGGCCGGCAUUAAAUUGGAAAGAUGUCCCUGUAUGAUGACCUGGGAGUAGAGACCAGUGAUUCAAAAACAGAAGGCUGGUCCAAAAACUUCAAACUUCUGCAGUCUCAGCUUCAGGUCAAGAAGGCAGCUCUCACACAAGCCAAGAGCCAGAGAACAAAACAGAGUACAGUACUUGCCCCAGUAAUCGACCUAAAGCGAGGCGGCUCUUCAGACGACCGGCAGAUCGUGGACACCCCCCCGCACGUCGCAGCUGGCCUGAAGGAUCCUGUUCCCAGUGGAUUUUCUGCAGGAGAAGUUUUGAUUCCAUUAGCUGAUGAAUAUGAUCCCAUGUUUCCUAAUGAUUAUGAGAAAGUAGUGAAGCGCCAAAGAGAGGAACGACAGAGACAGCGGGAGCUGGAAAGACAAAAAGAAAUAGAAGAGAGAGAAAAGAGGCGUAAGGACAGACAUGAAGCUAGUGGGUUUUCGAGGAGACCAGAUCCAGAUUCUGAUGAAGAUGAAGAUUACGAGCGAGAGAGGCGGAAAAGAAGUAUGGGCGGAGCUGCCAUCGCGCCACCCACUUCUCUUGUAGAGAAAGACAAAGAGUUACCCAGAGAUUUCCCUUACGAAGAGGAUUCAAGACCUCGCUCUCAGUCUUCCAAAGCUGCUAUCCCUCCCCCAGUAUAUGAGGAACAAGACAGACCCAGAUCUCCGACUGGACCUGGCAACUCCUUCCUUGCCAACAUGGGUGGCACAGUAGCACAUAAAAUCAUGCAGAAGUACGGCUUCCGGGAAGGCCAGGGUCUGGGGAAGCACGAGCAGGGCCUGAGCACAGCACUGUCCGUGGAGAAGACAAGCAAGCGAGGAGGCAAGAUCAUUGUGGGUGAUGCCACAGAGAAAGAUGCAUCCAAGAAGUCAGAUUCAAAUCCAUUAACUGAAAUACUUAAGUGUCCUACCAAAGUGGUCCUCCUAAGGAACAUGGUUGGUGCAGGAGAGGUAGAUGAAGACUUGGAAGCAGAAACCAAGGAAGAGUGUGAAAAAUAUGGCAAAGUUGGAAAAUGUGUGAUAUUUGAAAUUCCUGGUGCCCCUGAUGAUGAAGCAGUACGAAUAUUUUUAGAAUUUGAGAGGGUUGAAUCAGCAAUUAAAGCCGUUGUUGAUCUGAAUGGGAGGUAUUUUGGUGGACGGGUGGUAAAAGCAUGUUUCUACAAUUUGGAUAAGUUCAGGGUCUUGGAUUUGGCGGAACAAGUCUGAUUUUAAGAACUAGAGCACGAGUCAUCUCCAAUCCUUAAAUGAGCUGCAGGCUGAGCAGAGAAGGAAAAGACGUCAGCUGGCCUGUGUGGCUGCCGCGUACAGAGACUCUUGGAAGGACUUCUAAGAUAUAUGUUGAUUGAUCCCUUUUUUAUUUUGUGGUUUUUUAAAUAUAGUAUAAAAAUCCUUUAAAAAAAAAAAAACAAUCUGUGUGCCUCUCUGGUUGUUUCUCUUUUUUUAUUACCACUUCUGAGGUGAUUACAUUUUUUGCUAGGAUUUCAUGAUAAUUCUCAAGUGCUUCAGUGAUACAGCAUUUCUUGCACUAAAAAACCUAGAAAGUUUUGGGAUAUGGGGUUGUAUUGUUAUCCUUUGCUUUUCUUUCUUUUUGAUUCAUUUUAAUAAAACCUGCAAGUUACUAAACUGUAGCUUCAUAAAUUCUAUAAUAAAGCAUCAUCUUGGCAGUCUGCCAAAGGUGAAAAUGUUUGCUUUCUCU